CAGGGUUGAUCGACAAUAGCGAGCACACUAGUGACCGGGUUGGAAUGGAUAGGGCUCUUCUCGUGCCCGCUCUCCUGCUCGCGGCUCUGCUAGCUUGCAGCGGCGGCGGCGUCCAUGGCGCCGGGUUCAACAGGUACAGCUUCCCCAAGGGGUUCAUCUUCGGCACCGGCUCCUCCGCCAUUCAGUAUGAGGGAGCUGUGAAUCUGCGGGGCAAGAACAUCUGGGACACCUUCGCUCGCACCCCAGGUAAAAUAGCCGACGGCAGCAACCCGGAUACGGCAAACGACUUCUAUCAUCGCUACAAGGACGAUCUGAAGAUGAUAACCGACAUGAAUAUGGACACCUUCCGGUUCUCCCUUGCGUGGAGCAGGAUCCUUCCAAACGGAACCAUAGCCGGAGGAAUCAACAAAGCAGGGGUCGAUUUCUACAACAGCCUCAUCGACGAGGUUUUGGCUAGAGGUCUGACGCCUUUCGUCACAAUCUUCCACUUCGACACCCCCCAGGUCCUCGAGGACAAAUACGGAGGCUUCUUGAGCGAAAACAUCAUAAAGGACUACGUGGAGUACGCGGAGCUGUGCUUCAAGCUGUUCGGCGACCGGGUGAAGUUCUGGACCACCUUCAACGAGCCCAUGAUCUUCUGCGCCUUCGGCUACGGCAGCGGCAGCACGGCCCCGGGCCGCUGCUCGCCGUACGUGUCCAAGGCCUGCGGCGCCGGGGACUCCUCCACGGAGCCCUACAUCGCCGGCCACAACCUCCUCAUCGCGCACGCCGAGGCCGUGCGCCUGUACCGCACCAGGUACCAGCCGGCGCAGCGGGGCCAGGUCGGCAUCGUGCAGGUGUCCCACUGGUUCAUCCCCUACGACGCCGCCUCCGACGCCGACCGGCACGCCGUGAAGCGCAGCCUGGACUUCAUGCUCGGCUGGUUCAUGCACCCGGUGGCGUUCGGGGAGUACCCGGCGACGAUGCGCCGGCUGGUCGGCCGCCGGCUGCCGGAGUUUACCAAGGAGCAGUCCGACAUGCUCAAGGGGUCCUACGACUUCCUCGGCCUCAACUAUUACACGAGCAACUACGCGCAGGCCGCCGCGCGCGCGCCCGACCGGCGCCAGCCGUCGUACGGCACCGACCACCGGGUCAACCAGACCGGCUACCGCAACGGCGUCCCCAUCGGCCCACCGGCGUACACGCCCAUCUUCUUCAACUACCCGCCUGGGCUGCGCGAGCUGCUGCUUUACAUCCGGAGGAUCUACGGCAACCGCCCCAUCUACAUCACCGAAAACGGCACCGACGAGGCGAACAACAGCACAAUCCCGAUCAAAGAGGCGCUCAAGGACGACACCCGCAUCUCCUUCCACGUCAACCACCUCAAGUUCGUGCACAAGGCCAUCCAGGAGGGGGUGAACGUGAAGGGUUACAUCACAUGGACGUUCCUGGACGGCUUCGAGUUCGGUGACGGAUUCAAGGACCGGUUCGGCCUCAUCUACGUCGACUAUGCCACGCUCGCCAGGUACCGCAAGAAGUCCAGCUACUGGAUCCAGGACUUCCUUCAGAGGCACUGAUCGACGGUGAAGAUGGCCGGGAAUUACAUUAGUUAUUUUUUGGACGGUCAGAAAAUGAAGCGAUUUGAGUGAAUAAUCGAUCGAGCGAUCCUCCGUACGUCGAUUGCAGGCGCAUGCUAUUCAUGCGUGCAUGUGUGACAAGAUUGCAGCGAAUAAAUGUCGUACAAUUUAUGUACUCGUAAAGAAAUGCUUAAAAAAGGGCACUCGUAAAGAAGCGUCGUACGAUUUCUUGUAUAUGAUUAUCAAUAAUAAUGAAUUCAACCCAA